AUGUAUCUACUACUAAAGAACCCGGAUUGCCUUCGCAAGUUACGCGCAGAAGUAGGAUCCAUCCUCGACGAGAAAUCGUUGCUCCCCCUACGCCUGUUACCACCAGUCUCAAAGAAUUUACCCCGACGUACGCCACCGGAGGGUGCAACGAUCUUGGGUGAUUGGAUUCCCGGCGAUACGUCGGUCAGUAUAUCGGCAUAUGUGAUGCAUCGAGACCCGGCCAUUUUCCCCGAACCUGAAACCUAUCGACCGGAGCGUUGGCUUGGAGACGCAGGGAAGGAGAUUCAGCCUUACUUUGUGGCUUUUAGUGCUGGUGCUCGGGGUUGUAUUGGUCGGAAUAUCAGUUAUCUUGAACAGACCGUUCUCCUUGCGUCUUUGGUUCAUCGGUUUGAAUUUGCAUUAUCGUCGCCGGUAUGGGAGCCCACAAUUCGACAGACUACAAAUUUGAACUCGGGGCCUAUGCCUUUGAAGAUCUGGCGACGGGAGGUGGAGAAAUGA